AUGACCGAACCUCUGUGUAAAAGAUGUGGUGAACCAGCAGUGAUUCUUUCCAGAAAGGAACACUUUUGCAGCCGAUGCUUUUGUAAAUUCAUCUCUUCCAAACAGAGGAAACAGAUGAUGUCUGAUCCAUACUUUCAAGAUAUAUUUAAAGUCAUGCAUCAAGACAAGGUCAGAAGUGCUGAACAAGCAGACGCUCAAAAUAGCUCAUCACGAAUCCUAGCUCCGCUGUCGCUCGGUUCAUCUUCUACAGUGAUGUUAGAUGUCCUGAACGAUACUUUGAAUGAACAAAAAUCUACACAGAGAGGCAGAACUGGGUUUUAUGUUGAUGUCUUAUUGUGCUAUUUAGAAUCUGAAUUUCAGGAUUUGAAAAACCGUGUCGAAGAAUUGUCGGCGGCAAGGUACAGAGAUAACCAAGAAAAUAUUAAAUUUCAUUUUAUUAACUUAGAAUCGUUUUUCGAUGGACAGGAGUUUGAAAAACUGAUCAUUAAUGAUGAUUAUCUGUGCAGUUCUAAGCUGGAUUCUGAUCCGUACAACCUGAAAGAUUUAUUAGAACAAUGCCCCAACCGAUCGUCCAGGGAAGACUUAUUGACAUUUAUCAUUAGGCGUCUGGUGAAAAGAUAUGCAUACCAACAUAAUCACAAAGCAAUUUUAUGGGGACAUUCAAUGACGAAAUUAGCGGAUGAAACCAUGUCUUUAGUUGUAAAAGGUAGAGGUGAACAUAUUAAUUCUCUCUUCGACAGUUCACAAUUAGAUCAAGAUUAUAGUGGAAAAUUUAGGCAUCUAUAUCCGUUAAAAGAUGUCUUGCUUUCAGAAGUUGAUGCAUACUGCUACUCAGCUGGUCUCGAUAAACAUUUGGUCAAUUAUACAGCUCAAGAUACUUUACUUUUACAGAAACGUUGUGAGACGAAGGCCAGUGGUAAACUUAUAAAAAAUAUGACCAUUAAUGAAAUGGUUAGAAAAUACUUUGAUGAUAUCGAAGGAGAUUAUUCAAAUGUCAUUUCAACAGUGGUGAGAACCGCCGAUAAAUUAGCUGAACCAAAGUUGAUUGAACCGAAUGUCAAAUGUUCCCUGUGUCAAGGUAAUAUUCACACAAGGGGAUCUGAGUGGUUACAAUCAAUUACUAUUAACAAUGGUUGUCCUCCAGAAACUCAAGAAGACAAGCAAUUGUAUGAGAAGUGGUACGAAUCCAAUCUGCGAAGAGAAAGAGACGAGUACCUUGAACUGAUGAAAUCGGUCUCUUCACAAGGUGAAGACGCACCACUAUGCUACGGCUGUGUAGUUACAUUAGGCGGUGUCAAGAACAAAUGUGUCACUUGGCCACAGAGCACCGAUCGAGAACUUAAUCAAACGCUAGAGGAAUUCGUGCUGGCAGAUGAAGAAGACUAA